AUUAUUGGCAAACAAAUGAGCAGCGGCGGCGACAUCAGCUGAUUGCAAAUGGCGGGAGGAGGCGCGUCGCUCCGGCUGCCAUUCAUCCUUUUCUCCUGCCACGGCCUCUGAUGGCGACGCGGCAGCCGUUCAGCGCCCAGGCCGUCCUCUACGUGCUCCUCGACUACCGGGACGAGGCGAGGCGAGGCGACGUGCAGGUCAUAUACAAGGCCUUGGAGAACACAGUGGUGGUGGGUGGGGGCGUGGUGGGGGGCGUGAGGCUGCCGGGGCUAGGGGUGGGGGCGUUGGGCUCCCCCUUCACCCGCCUCCUCCGCCUCACCCCCAUCCGCGGUCAUCUCCCCUCCCUCAUCUCCGCCCUGCCACGGAUGCUGGAGGACCUCACCCCCGCGGACAGGAGCACGGAGAUCAACCAGGAGGUGGGAGAGGCCCUGGAUGCUGUGAUCGCCGAGGCAGCAUCCUUCCCACCUGCAUCUCAGCACUCUUUGCAGAUGGUAGUGGUGACUUGGGGGCCCGUGGCGGUGCUGACGGAGGCGCUGUCGCAAGUGCUGACGCUGGAACACGCUAGGUACCUCAGCGCUGUGCAUGUCGCAGGAGUUGAGAGCCUGGAGGAGGGGGCGCUGGGGGGGGCUGAGGGGGGGCGGCCCCGGGGGGACGCUGUGGGGGGGGUGUGGGUGACGGGAGCGACCUACCCCCCCGACCCCUACACCUUCGCGGCCCUCUUCAAGUCAUGGCUUCUGGAGAGUAAAGGGAAGGAACCACACCUCCACCUUAUCUUCCCUCCCUCCUCCACCUCCACCUCCUCCACCUCCACCACCACCACCACCACCACCAGCGACUCCUCCACCGAACCUCUCACUUUGUUGUUGGACAUGCAGGAAGUGAUGGUGGAGCCUGCCAGCCUGCCCAGCGCCAUUGCCUCACGCCUCACCAUUCACGCCAACUUGUACCGCACCGUCUGCACCACGCAAGGCAGCACCGUGGCCGUCCCCCAGGUGCAGGUCGUCAAGAGGGUACAGGUGGGCUCCGUCGCCCCGGCCGUGUUUGGCGCCGCCCACCACCUGCUGCCUUCCGCCGCCGCCGCCCUCUCAUUCAACACCAUCUGGGACAACAGGCAGCUGGUCGCCUCGCUCUGCCACCAGCUGGAGGAGGCGGACGAGGGGCUGCUGGCGAGGGUGGAGGCCCCCCCCGGCGCCCUCAGCCCCAUCGUGGUGGUACUGCCCGCCCCCCACUGCUCAGCCCUGUCCCUGGUCCAUGUGGCGCCCUCUGAACUGAUGCUGGCUGAACGACACUGCCCCGCCCCCCCUCACCCCAUCCCCGACAAGCUGGCCCAGGCAAUCUCCAGCUCCCUCGCCAGCCUCACCCUCUCUGACCUACGCCUUGAGGACCACACCUCCCCCCUCGUCCACGCCCUCGCCGCCCACUACACGCACCACGGCCGCCCCCACGCCAGGGGCGGCACUAACCAACAACAACAACAACAACAACAACAACACACCACCGCCCCCCAUCACCACCAGCCCCCCUCCACCUUCACCUCCACCGGCUACGUCUACACCCUCCCACGCCCCUCUCCCCCCCGACACCCCGCCCACCUGCCCCCCAGCCGAGGGAGGGGGGGCAGGGGGGGGCGGCGAGCCACGAGAGCUCACCUGUCCAGAGGAGGUGUGUUUGGUAAUCCGAUUUCGGGGGGGGCGGGGGAGGGGGGAGGAUUAAAGAGGGGGAGAGGGGAGGGGGUUGAGUGGGGGAGCAGUAUGGGAGGUAAGAGGGGGGAGAGAGAGGAGGGGUUGAGAGAGGCGAGAGGGAAGGGGGGAGGAUACGAGGGGAGGGAUUUAACAGGGAGAGAGGGGGAGGAGGAGGGGCAUAUAGAGGGGAGAAGCAUUAGGGGAGAAAGAAAAGGGAGGUAG